AAGGAUGAUGACAUUGAAGAGGGAGAUCUUCCUGAACACAAGAGGCCUCCAGCACCAAUAGAUUUCUCAAAAAUUGAUCCAGGCAAGCCUGAAAGCAUCCUGAAGCUGACAAAAAAGGGGAAGACUUUGAUGAUGUUUGUCACAGUGUCAGGAAAUCCCACAGAAAAGGAGACAGAAGAAAUCACUAGCUUGUGGCAGGGCAGUCUCUUCAAUGCCAACUACGAUGUGCAAAGGUUUAUUGUUGGCUCCAACAGAGCCAUCUUUAUGCUGCGCGAUGGUGGCUACGCCUGGGAGAUCAAGGACUUCCUGAUAAAUCAAGAAAGGUGUGCAGAUGUUACCCUGGAAGGUCAGGUUUAUCCUGGCAAAGGAGGAGAAGGAAAUGAGAAAGUGAAAAACAAAACAAAACCUGAAAAAGCAAAGAAGAAGAAAGAUGCAGAGAACAAAUCUAACAGCGUCAAAGAGGACAACCGAGCGACCAAAGAGAGAGAGGAGCUAUGAUGGACAUAUUGCCCAGACUGAAUCCUGCUCUGCUG